GUGUGUGAUCUGUCCUGUCACUGUCAGCCAGCCAGCUUAGUUUACCAUUUUGCCAAGUUUCACAAAAACUUAAUUAUUACAAGUUUAUUACACUAAUAUGCAGUGAAUGUUUUAAAAUGCUAUAAGUUGUAUCAUUGCAAUAAUGGAAGGAUCAGCAGGAAAUGCCACGCCUGAUGAUGCAUCGAAAAAAAGUCCAUUUGAUGAUCUAGACCGCGAAGAACUAAUAAAGAAAUGCAAAGGAUUACUUGUCAUUGCUCAAAAAGCUAAGCAAGCUAAAACUGAGUUACAAAGUGAAGUUGAGAGUUACAAACUGCUUUUGGAAAAAUGUGAGACAGAAAAGAAAACAAACCAAGAAAGUGUUUUCACACUUCAGGAGCUUGUUGAUUCACUUACAGAACAGAAACUAAAUUACAUCACUCAAAUAGAUUCAUCUAAAAAUAACAUUAAAGUCUUAAACCAACGGUGUGAAUCAUUAGAGAAUGAACUAUCAAAAUGCAAGCAGGAGCUAUCUGAAAAAGAUUUGCACAUUAAUGAAGUAACAACACAGUUGUCAACUUGUGAUACCGAGGUGACCUCUCUGAAGAGGCAAAACAGUAGGCUUGAGGAAGAGAAUGAACAGCUUCUCAACCAGCUGUCGGACCUGGAGGCCCGGAUUGAGGAGUUCAAUCAAAUUGGUCUGCAGCAAAGAGAACAGCUACAAAUGCUUGAAGAAAAAGUUAACACAGGUUCCAACUCCAACAAAAAUGAAGAGACUAUGAUGGAAUUUGAAAGAAUGAAUGAAAAAAUCAAGCAAUUGGAAUCACAACUCAGAGCAAGCAUGAGUGAGCAUGAAGAAAGCAAACUUUUAAAUGAAAACAAAAUUAAAGAAAUCACUCAACAGUUUGAGAGUGAAAAAGACAAAAAAGAGAAAGCAAACAUCAAACUGAGAAGCUACAAGGACAAAAUACUUAAGUGUGCUGCUUGUAUUAACCAACUUAAAAACAGCAGAUUUAUUUUAACAAAAACUGUCAAGGAGUAUUCAGAAAGUAUUCCUAAAUGGCAAAAUGAUAUAAUUAAAGCAUCCAAAUUUUUGGACACACAGAUUAAUCAGUUAAGCAAUGAAAAUAAUGCUCUGAAAUUAAAACUGCAUGACCUAGAAAAACAGAUAAAUGAUUUCACUGGACCCAGUGCGAUUAACAAUACUGAACAACUUAAAUCACUCCAAAAACAGUAUGAUGAUUUAGUGAUAAAUAAUAACAAAGUAAUCAGUGAAUUAUCUGAGCUUAAAAUUAAAUAUGAUCAGCAAAACAAUUCAGAAAUUCCUUAUCUAAAGGAUGAUAAUAAGCUUCUUAAAGAACAAGUUAAUGAAUUAACUCAGAGAAUUAACCAGUUACUAAGUUCAAACAGUGAACUACAUAAUCUGGUCAAGGAAGUUGAAACUAAAAAUAAGAAAUUAAAUGAAUCAUUACAGAUGAUACAAGAUAAGGUCCAAAGCAGUGAUAAUAGCACAGUGGAAAACCUUAGCUUCCAGAUAAAAGCAUUGGAAAGUGAAAAGGCUAUUCUUUUUAAAGAAAAAUUGAAUGUAAAGGAAAGUUUAUCAGAAUUUGAAAAUCAAAACAAAAUUUUAAAUGAUCAGGUCAACAGGCUUAACACAGAAAUGCGCAAUUUAGAAAACCAAAUAAGUAUAUUGACACAAGAAAAAGAGAUGCUUAAGAAUAAUAUUCCCAAAGAAUCACAGACAGAUAUUAACGAAAUUAUGUUUGAAAAGAUGGCUUUGCAGGAGCGCUAUGAGCUGUUGUUGAAAGAACAUGAAACCAUUACUGAUUUGAAUGGUAUGUUGAAAGAUGAAGUAGAGACUUUGAAGCUUUCAUUAGAACAACCAAAAGACGACAAUCUAUCUGAUUUGAAUGUCUCUCUUCAAACUGAUAUAGUCAAAUUAGAAACAAAACUAGCUGCAUACAAACAGGAAAAUGCCUCUUUACUGGCAGAAGUGAAAGAAUCUCGAGCUAAAGCAAAGGAAGUGCAAGCGAUAGCAACAGAUUAUGAGGAUGUUAAAUCCAAAUUAGUCAGUUACAAAACUGAAAAUACAGAGCUUUUGAGUGAAAUGAAAGAAAUUAACCAAGUACUAAAAGAACGUGGUGAAGCUAUCUCUAAACUUCAGAAAGCAAUAGGUGAAAUGGAGAGACUUGUAGAAACUUUAGAGAAAGAUCGCGAUGAUGUAAAAAAAGAAAAUAAUGAUUUGCAUGUAAAAGUUCAAACUCUAGAACAGGAACUACUUAAUGCUGAACAAAAAACUACUAAAAACAGCGAAGUAACUGAAUUAAUUAUUGCUGAAAGAGAAAAUGCUAAGAAAAUAUUAGCUGAAAAAGAUUCUAUGAUAAAUACACUUAAAGAAGAAAUCGAAAAAGUGAAACAUCAGCAAUCACACAUGGAACUUCCAAAUGAUGACAAUAUGUCUACAUCAACGACAUCUAAACUUGAAGAACAUUCCAGAAUGAAAGAUCUAGAUGACUCAUUUGAAGAUAAGUACAGCAAACUAAGAAUAUUCGCAUUAAAACUUAAAAAGAAACUAAACGAGACAAAUAUUGAACUUCAAAAUGCUGAACAAGACAAAGCGAGGCUUGAGAAGAUUAUUGCUGAGCACAAUGCGGCCAAGAGUUCAGUCCAAGAUGAAGUAGACGGACCUAGAAAUAAAGAAGAGACAGUAAUUUCCCAGACCCACGUAACAGAAUUAGAGGGAAAAGUGGAAAGUCUUACCAAAGAUCUAGAAAGUUCCAAAAACAUACUUGGUGAAUUAGAAAAAGUGAAAGGUGAGUUAGCUGCGAAGUGUCAACAACUGAACGCGGAAGUUGAAGCACACAAGGUGACUAAAGACAAUCUGGAGAAAGCGCGGAGAGACGUGAAGAAGCGAAGCGUCCUGAGCCUCGAGAUGGAAGACUACGAGCGCAGCAUGAAGGAACUUACCACUAAAAUGGAGGAUAACAAGAAGAAAAUGAUUCAGAUGGAGUCAACAAUAGAUACCCAAGAAGGCACUAUAACAGCAAUGAAAACUCAAAUUAAACUCUUGGAAGAACAAAUAAAAACAGAAGAAACACAAAAUAGACUUAUCAAAGAAGAAUUACAGCACGCGCUAGAAGAAGGAAAGGAAAAAGACAAUGUAGUCCACAUCAAAAAUGGUAUCAUAUCUAAACUUGAGAUAGAUCUAGAAGACGAAAAGAGAAAGAGUGAAGAAGUAAACAUAGAAAUGACUAGUGUGCUUGGUGAAAAGGAAAAAGUUAUAAUAGCUUUGGGAGAAGAAAAAUUGGAACUUUUAAAUAAAUUGAAGAGGAUGGAGUUCAGAUGCGCUGAAUUGGAAGAGAAGGUCAGGAUUAUAAAUAUUGAAUUGGAAGAUUUGAAAACGGACUACACAAGUUACAAGGUUCGUGCCCAGGCGGUGCUGCGUCAGAACCAGACGGUGGACCACAGCCAGGAGGAGCGGCUGAAGGAGGAGGCCGCCGCCGUCAGGACGCAGCUAGAGACUGUCACUGCCAAGCUGAAUACUGCUGUCGAGAAAUGCAGCGAGCUCCAAUCCGCCGUGGAGGCGGAGCGGCGGCGCGCGGGCGAGGCGGCGGGCUACGCGGCGCGCGCGGCCCAGCGCACCGCGCGCCUGCAGGCCGACCUGGCGCGCCUCGCCGCGCAGCUGGACGCCGAGCGCUCGCAACACAAGCUGCAGAUUUCAACCCUAACACAAUGCUACAAGACGCAAAUAUCGGACCUAGAAACGAAACUUCAGAAAGAGGCGGCGGACUUUAAGAUGCAGAUAGCAGGCCUGCAGGAGAAGAUGAAAGCCUCAGCUCUGGACAAAGAGAACAGAAACGUCACUCCGUACAUGGUGCCGGUGAUACCCAAGGAGGAUGGCAGCGAUACUGAGAUGGAUAUCAACGUGUCUAUGCUUCCCAGGGAAGAGGGAGAGGGUUCAGAAUCGGCGCCCUCCCCUCCGCUAUCCAAGUCGUUCCUGACGGGCGGCGGCGGGCGCUCGCCGGUGCCGCUUGAUAGGCUACUCGAGGACGGCGUGCCUGAGGACGAGGCGCUAGACUCCACCCUCGCGCUGGCGCCGGAGCAGGAGGUGGCCGAGCUUAGGAGGAAGCUGCAAGCUCAGCAGCAGAGGGUGAAGCACAUAACCCUCCUCCUGUCCGAGUCGGAGCGGGAAUGCGCUCGCUACGCACAAAUGAGCUCGCUCCUCAAGGCGGAGGUGCGGCGCGCGCGCGGCUCGCUGGAGCGCACGGAGCACGCGCACAACGCCGAGUACAUGAAGAAUGUCACGCUCAAGUUCCUGACGCUGGCGCCGGGCGACGAGCGCAGCCGGCUGGUGCCCGUGCUGCAGAAGAUCCUCACGCUCACCACGGAGGAGACGCAGAAGCUCAACGCCGUGGCCAGAGGUAUGGAUCCCAAUCCAGGGAAAGGAUGGGGAAGCUACUUGCCUUGGCCGGGAGGGAAGUGAACAGGUUCCAUCGGACUAUCAUUUAGGGCGGAAUUUACUUAAGUACUUUCUAUAAGGGUCAGAUAGUUUAUAAUGUACGAAUAUCUCUGGUACAAUAUGCGCCAGUUGCCAUACAGUUGAUGUAAUUAAUAUAUAUGGAAGUUAUUAAUAUUUACAAUAUUUAAUAGAUGUGAAGACUGGAUGGCGCAAUGGUAAUAUUAUGGCGCCAUGCUUACCCCUUUAGAGAGGACAUCAGUUAAGGCAUAAUGUGUUUGAAUAUUUUAAUUUUUAUGUAUAAAUAUAUAAAAAUUACUUAUAUGAAAAUUCAUGAAAACUAUCUGUGAUUGCUUACUGAUGGAGGGCGUAAAUGAAAUUGCAGCCUGUUUUUUUUGUUGGAUUUUUUAAUGUCUUUAUGAAUUAUGUAUUUCAUCGUAAUCGUCCACUGUUGGACAUCAAUGAAUACCUAGUAUGAAUUUAUUAGUUUAUUUUUAUGAUUUUAUAAUUUUCAAACCGCUAUUAUAAUACAUAAUAGUUACGAAAUAGUUAACCAGUUAUAGGUUCAUUAGCUUUUUACCUUUCACUUGCAACGAUGUUACAACAUUCCAAUCUUCACUAAUGCCAUUAGAUGGAUUCGAAGUAAUUAACAAGCUAGCAAACUAAAUUCACAUUUUAUUAUUUUGAAGUACAGAAGGUCACAAGUCACAAAUAAAUAGGACCAUCUUUAGUAUGUCAGAUUUAUGAUACAAGAGAAAUAGCGAUUAUUUAUAGCAAUAAUUUGAUAACACUGUAAGAUAAAGUUACAGAAACUAAAAAUUUAGAUUUUACUAAUACCUACGCCUUAAUUGUACGCAUUGUAAUUAAAUUUUAUUUUGAAUGUAAUUUUUUUUAUCUACUUUAAUUAUAAUUUAUAAUACACCAAUAUAGAACACAGUAUUUAAACUUUGCCUAUGUAAUAAUUUGAACUUAUUUAUAUUUAAAUAAAUGCAAAAUAAAAAAUAUAA